UCCGGAAUUCGAUUCUGGCGGAGUUUUCAAAUCGUUGUUGACAUUUUGUGAACGUCCUUGUUUGUGGGAUAUGUGUGUUCUAGUGUAGACAACGCAACAACAACGGAUAUGUCAACGUGAUCACGUUUUAUUUUAACUUAUGCUAUAUUUUUAUUUGCCUUGAGUCAGAAGAACUGCUGUGAAAUGAAUGCUACAUCACUAGACAGCCUUGCUGAACAUUUUCAGCAAAAAUUAGAUGUGGUCAACACCAUUAUGGAUUUUAGAUGUGCAGAUGAGGAUGAAGAGAAAAGUUACCAGUCGCAAGUGAUCAGCUUACAAACUGAACUGGACAGCCUUCAAGUGGUCAUCGCUCUCAUGCAGACAGAAGUCAAUAAGCAAGCAAUGAAGCUGAAAGAGACACAGUCCAUGAAGACAGAAAUGGAGACACUUGUAUCUAACCUGAAUCAUGCUGUAGCUAACAUACCCGCCAGGAUGCCGAAGCCAGCUCAGAAAGAGGCUGCUGUUGAGAUCAAGGACAAGCCUUCAGUAGCAACUACUAAAACAGCUCAAAGCAAGAAAUCAACCAAUCAGACGGCCUGUAAGGAAAACCAGCCACCCAGAACCAACCAAUCAGGAGGGAGAAAACAAAAGAACGUUUACAUACCUACACUGGAAUAUAUCACAGUGGAAGAAUUUGAAAAUGUUCCAAAGUAUAUUAAGGGGCGCAUGAACUAUAAUCAGGUAAACACAAUGAUGGACGAAAUCAACAAAGCUUACAAGGAAAAGUACAAGGUCCUCGCCAUGAAACGAACGACACUUAGCGAUGUCAACCGCAAACGUUACGAAAAGUUCAAGUUACAGGAGUCUAAAGAAACAACAGGAGAGCAUUUCAUUGUAGAUGAAGAUGUGAAAGAGUUUUCACAUAUAAAGAUGGACAGUGUGUACCGAUCUUUGAUGACACUUUUACGACACUGCGGUAGACUGAAGGAAAUACGUGGAGGUGGACAUACUCGCUACGCAUGUGUGGAAAUUUACUGAGACAGCACUGCUCACUAUACUGAGAACUUUGUGGAAUUAUUGUUUGUGUAUACAUACUGAUACUGAGAACUUUGUGGAAUUAUUGUUUGUGUAUACAUACUGAUACUGAGAACUUGGUGGAAUUAUUGUUUGUGUAUACAUACUGAUACUGAGAACUUGGUGGAAUUAUUGUUUGUGUAUACAUACUGAUACUGAGAACUUGGUGGAAUUAUUGUUUGUGUAUACAUACUGAUACUGUUUAAGAUAUGCCAUUAACAUGGGAUCUCCAGUU